AUGAAUUCUGCUGAUAUAUAUACUGCAGCUAGAUCAUAUUUACGUCAAAAUAUCAUGAAUUGUUAUUUUUAUCUUAUUUUAUACAUCAAGUUAAUCGAAAUAUUCAAAGAAUCUUCAGAUUAUCAUGAAAUAUCAACUAAAGCAAUAGAAUUAGUUUCAUUUUUUAAUACUUCAUCUUAUUUCUUAGGAAAACUUUGUGAAGAGCAAAAAUCAAUUUAUGAUAAAGUAAUUGUUUUACAAUAUUUAUGUGUAAUAAGAUGGAAUAGCCAUUACAUAUGUUUUAAUAGUUUAGUUAAAACUAAAAUUGCACUUAAGAUUCUUGUUACUAAAUAUGAAAAUUUAUCAAUCUGA